GGUCGUCAGAAAAGUAGCAGUCGCUGCACAGAACGCGCGUAGUACUACAACCGAUAGAUUUGUAUUCAACUAGCUAACGGACUGACUGAAUAGCGGAGGUAGCAGUCUACCUACGCGACCAGUUCGAAAACAGUUAAGUUUAAGCGCGUUUUAAUAAAAUCAGUGAAAGAAGGAGAAUAUAAUGGAGUGGUCGCUGGCUCAAGUUCUUAACCGGGAUCUGCGGACGAUAAAGACGCGGCAGUUUUGUUCGUCCUGCAACAGGAACCGACAGGAAACGGAAACAAGGACCGCAAGAGUGACACCGAAGAGGCGUGACAUAGUCCACAAUAGUCGGAUCUCGCCAAAUAGUUCCUCGGAUUUAAAUCAGAAUUGCCAUAGGGAUAGUAGUCGCCGGAAAGUGUUUGACAGGACUGAGUUGACGGUCACGUUGACGCGGUGCGGUAUCAGGGCGGCAGGAGUGGGCGCCAGCAAAAGAACGGCCAGUUCCUUUUCGUUAUUCAAAUAUCUUCAAAGUGUCAUCGUCUUCAGCACCUACCUGUCACUUUUAACGUUGCCCAGUUUGAACGCCCAGCCCAUCAGAAUGGAAAACAAAUUGGAACGAUGGAUGAAUCCUUGCGAUAGGCCGGAACUAAUUCAACCUACCGGCAGCCCUCCAGAGGAAUUGGACACUUCGAUGAUGGGAAGCGUAUCGCAAGCGGCGAGCACUGCCCUAACUGUAGCCAAAGAUCAGUUCCAGAGUCGCCUUAGCGAGUCAGCUGUCAGAGCUGGACUAGUUCCGGAGGAAAUUUUUAGAACCACAUUCUUCGACUGGAUUCCUCAAUUGCCAAAAUUGGACACGGAGAAAGAAAAAUCACAACACCGAGAAUAUUUGAAACAAAACGGCUACGAGGGCCUGACCAACAUGUUCGUCUAUCUCCAGAAAAUUGCCAUAGGCCUCGAGACCAUAGUAGCAGACUAUGCGGAAUCUCCUGAACCGCUCAAGUCGGACUCAAAACAACUGUACGGGAUCGUCCUUAACGUACUCUGCGAAUUGCAAGACGGCGGUCUGUUCCAGAACAAAAUCGCCACGGAUUCUCUAUUCGUCCAACGCUCCUACGUGCCGGACACUCACAGAAACCUCAUGAACGAUAUGACAGAACGUACUAGGCGUGACUGGGUCAUCAUCAGAGACCUAAUCAAGAUCAUGGAAUACGUCCACGAAUAUUCCGACUUUUUAAGCAAGAAUGGCCCCAUCAAAUCCGCCAUCUAAUGUCCCAACGAAAUUGGAACUGUCAUCUCCAGACAUAUUUUUAUCAGAAACAGGGAGAUCUGGAUUUUUGCCGAAACAUUUGGGCGAUACGACACUUAAUCAAAAUUAGUAUACAGGGUGGUCCGAACUGUAUUCCGGAAACUUCGGCAGCAUAUUCUGCAGAUAAGUAAAAAAGUUCGUAUAAAAUGCUAAAUUUCGGAGAUACA